AUGGAUGAGCUAGCAAAGCACUCCGCCUCGUAUCAGCUCGAUCAAGAAAUAUUGGACGCGCGGGGAAUCGACAUGAAGGUGGACGAAGUGGCCGGUCUGCCUACUUGCAAGUACUCAGAGAGGGUGCAAGCCCUGCACUUGGGCGAGGACGAUCUGGCGUUCCUCAAAGGGUUGCGGCGGAGGAUCAAGAAUAGGCUGGCGUCGCAGAACAGCCGCCGUCGGAGCAUGGAGCACCUGCGGAAGCUUGCCAGGGAGCUGAGGGCAGUGAGGCAGUGCAGGGACGAUGCGCUGUCGGAGAGGAGGGGUCUACUCGCGCGGAGGGACGCGAUAAGGGACCAGUGCGUGCGGCUGAGGCGCCAUCUUGUUCAGAUUUUGAGAGGGCGCUUCGACUCUACCACCGUACCGGAAGAAGAACUGGAAAACAUGAGCACAACAGGACCAGCCAUUGAACCGACCACAAGAAAGAUCACAGAGACCGAGCCCGUCCUGAUGGGCAAAACUAAAGCCAACCGCGUCAAAGGGUACCGCGCAAUGGAGAGGAACGGAGGGGCUCUGGUCGAGGAGUUGGAGAAGGACAUAAAGAUAUUCGAGUGCCGGAUAGACAAGCUGGUGCAGCAGAGCGUGAACCACAUGUACAAAGACAAGGAGAGACGGAGGAUAUGCGCGAAGACCAUAUUCAUAACGGAUAAGGGCGCUCUCAGCGACGGGGGCGACGAUGCGAUUUCAGAGGGCGGAGUUCUCAACCUCUCUGUAAGAGAGGGCAGGAGAAAGAGCCACGGGAGGAAGCAGUCCGCCCCGAGAAGGAUCACUUAUGUUUACAGCGACACAGACGAUGGCGUCCUAGAUCUGAAAAUAAAGAAGGAGCCUCAG